GCGUUUAUAUAUGUAUUUAAACUUUCUUCGGCUCCUCUCCCUAUCCGCGAACCGUGCGAUGUUAUUGGCGAAACGCGACGGUGCAUAAAGUCCAAGGAGCUAGCGACAUUCCUACACGAUUCCCAGCACGGGUUCGCUUAAUUUCAGUGAAAGCUUGUAACGUAAGCUUUACAUAAUGGGUCCUUUAACAACAAGUGUGAGACACACUUUCCAUUCUCUCUGCACGACCGCGGUAAGGGCAGUCUCGACGAAUGUGAUGCUGAACCCGAAAGAGGAAACGAAAGAAGUGGUACUCAAAUACUUGGAUGGGAAGGACAAUGGUAUCUUAGUAUUGGGAUUGAACCGACCCAACUCUUGCAACGCACUGGGCAAAACACUGGUCAGUCAGUUGAAAGACGUUCUCUCUUCCGUCAGAGAAGAUUCCAAACUGCGAGUGUUGAUCAUUCGCAGCUUGAUACCGAAAAUCUUCUGCGCCGGUGCAGAUUUAAGAGAGAGAUCGAGGAUGGAGAAUUCAGAGAUCACGAAAUUCGUUUCGAUAUUGAGAAAUAUGAUGGUAGAAGUAGAAACUCUGUCAAUGCCGGUAAUAUCGGCGAUCGAUGGUGCGGCGAUGGGCGGAGGGCUGGAGCUUGCUUUGGCUUCAGAUAUCAGGGUCGCUUCGUCAGAGGCAAAAAUGGGACUCGUCGAAACGAAAUGGGCCAUCAUUCCCGGUACCGGUGGUACCCAGCGUUUACCGAGAAUAAUCGGGCCUGCCAAAGCUAAGGAACUGAUUUAUACCUCUCGCAUAGUCGAUGGCGAAGAGGCGAUGAAAAUUGGUCUGGUGAACCAAGUGGUCCCGCAAAAUAAAGCCGGCGACGCCGCUUACGAAGCCGCUUUGUCGAUUGCCAGAGAAAUUUUGCCGAAUGGACCGAUUGGAGUAAAAAUGGCGAAGACGGCGAUAUCGCAGGGGCUUCAGGUACCUAUCAAAGACGGAUUUGAAAUUGAAAAGGAGUGUUACAGCAAAGUGGUCGAUACUCGGGAUAGAAUCGAGGGACUUGCGGCGUUUGUGUCGAAACGUUUGCCGGUUUAUCAGGGAAUGUAAAUAUUGUCGAGGAUACAACGCGCUUUACGCAUCUAUCACGCUUAAUCGACAUAUCAACGAUUCUUAACUCUGAUAACAUAUACCAUUCUCGUGUUGCGUUAUAUCAUAAUACGACUAAUAUUGCUGUUUUUAAAAGUUAUUCACGGGCAUUUAUAUGAAUGGUAGGACAAUAACUAAUGUUAGUAUAGUAUUAAGAUUUACAGCGUUAAAUAUUUUUGUACACGAUUCAUUAUAAUCUUAAGAAAAACAAUCUACGUCAUUUUUAAAUUUCA